AACAUGCUCAACACGGACGACCAGAAGUCCUGUGUCCCUUGACGUCCUUGUAGCAUCCCUUAGCAUGCCCGGUCUCUGAGCCUACGCGUCGACGCGGCUCCUUCGAAAAUCAACAACUACGCUCGCCGCUUGACCCUCCAAUCCCACACGGCGGCCUCUCCUACGGCGUUGUGUACUGCUGCUAUAGACUAGCAUGUCAGUCUGUCUCCUGGGUGCCGCCGCCGGCGGUUCCGUCCGACACGUCGCCAGGUAUCUGCAAAAUGGAGAUGACAUCGAGGGCGUGGGGCCGGGCGGAGAGACGGCCCUGGCGUGCGCCGCCGUCGCCGGCCAUCCUUCCGUGGUCGAGCUCCUCCUAGACGAAGGGGCUUCGAUCACCUGCACGGACAACCUCGGCCGCACGCCCUUGUUCAACGCCGUCAGCAGCCCUGUGCGGUCCGGGUGCCUGGAGGUCGUUCGCCGUCUUCUCGAGGCGGGCUCGUCGGUGACCGUGAGGGACACGAUGGGCAACUUGCCAGUGCACGGGGCCGCGUUCGGAGGCAACCGGCUGGUAAUGAAGGCGGUGCUGGAGGCCGGAGGCGACGUGAUGAGCAGGAACGGGCAGGGGCACACGCCUCUGAUGAUCGCGACGCAGAACGGACACAUAGGUCUCUUCCAGUGGCUGCUGCGGCAAGGUCGCAACGAUGUCAACGACACCUGCCCCAACGGGAUGAGCCCCCUCUUCAUAGCCGCCGAUUACUCCUCGGCAGAGAUGGUUGAGGCCGUCAUCAAGGCUGGCGGCAACCCCGGUUCUCGCACUAUCGACGGCUGGACCCCUCUCCACGCGGCCACCCGGCUGGGAAACGUGCGCAUGAUCCGGGCUCUCAUCCAAGCGGGUGCCAAGCCCGAUGCCUCAGGAAUGCUGGACAAUACUCCCUUGAACGUCGCGGGCAAGGAGGGGCAGCUGGAGGCGGCGAGGGAGCUCAUGAGAGCGGGCGCUGACCCGCUGACUGUCUGCAGCAAAGGUGCCUCCCCGCUCUACAACGCCAUCGUGGAGAGCAACUCUUCGAUUGCUGUGGAGAUGCUCAAGACGCUAGAGAGGAAGGAUGAGGAGGAAGGGACGGUGUAUCCUUCCCGAGCGUCGAGAGUAGGCAAGGCUCUCUUCAGGAGCGAUCGCAGGUUUAUGACUCUCGUCAACGGUGCGGUGUACGGCCUCGAGUUCAAGUCGCUGUCCAAGCUCCUCAGCAUGGGAGCGCUCGACCCGUUCGCGGACGAGGGGGGAGACGAGCGGGCCGCAAAGUAUAUCGAGCUCGUCACCCCCGCCGACGCCGGCCUGCCUCCCAAAGACCCCGUGCUAAAGGCUUGCAUGCGACGAAUGAUCGCCAGGCGUGUCGCCUUUACUGCCACCUCUUGGCUCUGGCCCCUUGUUUUGAGCGCGGGGAAGUCGGGUGGCGGGGGCAGGGCUAGUGCCGGGUGGCGACGUGGGAUGGCCCCUGUUAGUGUCGCAAGGUGUCGGCCCGAGCGACGAAGCCACCGGCAGCUGAAAUUGUUCCAAGCGUUCCGCAGGUAUUGCGACAAGACGGGGCCAGUAUAGGCCAACAUAAGGGGGCCUGGCCCACAGGUUUCACUGUUCGGCGGAAGGGACAGCAUCAUCUGAGAUGCGUCAAGAUAAUCGAACUGUGGUCCUGCUCCAGCUGACGAGCUUAUACCCGCCGCAGGAUAGGAAGCCAGGGUUGUAUUCUGAUACGAGGAGUCCUUGACGACCUGUUGGCCUUUCGAAAUCGUCCUACAUGCCGCAUAUUCGGCAUGGCAUGGACAAUAUCUCUGCACCAUACCCAAAUGAGUUCCGUUCUCUCUCUUCACCAGGUAGACGGGUUGUUUUGCUAAAAUGAGCGGGCUUGACUCGGGCGUGACUUCCCAGCAAGAGAGGUAUUUUCCUCGCGUUUCCAGGAAAUGUUCACAAAAUCAAUGAAAGACUUCCGUUCGAGAAACAAGAAAAUGGUUCGAAGGCAAUGGGUUUAUAGUCUUACU